UUGCGUUAUUUCUCUCUACAGUUGAGUUCAAUAAACAGUCAAUUGGGGGGUCAUGGGAGACACCCUCCUCUUCAGUUAGUUUUUAGGGACCCUUCUGACCAGGGAGAUGUAAGAACUAAACCUACCCCUGAUUUCAGUAAGCAGCCUAUUCUUUGUACAGUUGGCAUAUGAGUUGUGAAUCUAAGCUCAUUAUUAUGUUGGGAACAGAAUUCAAUGGAUAGCAAUCGAAGUGCAUAGUCACUUGUGUAAAAUUCUGCUUCAAUGACUUGGUAUUUGAUGCUGUUUGGCAACUAUUUUUUGCAAGCAGAUGAUAGUCGGUAUACAAGAUGGAAUUUCUUUGUUUUCGGGGCAAGUAGAAUCAUUUCAUGUUAGGGAGGC